AGGUAGGUGGUGCUGUUGCCGCGACGUCUUCCUCAUUGGCGCCGCGCUGAGAGGCGGAAUGUUCAACUCCUGACUCCGGCGGAAGCGUGGGAGCCGCGCGGGCCGCCGUCCCCGACCCCCGCCGCCGCUCGCGCCCGAUCCGGGAGCCAGAUUUUGUGGACGUUUACUACUUUGUCAUUAUGAGAUGUCGUCUCUCGGCGCCUCCUUUGUGCAAAUUAAGUUCGACGACUUGCAGUUUUUUGAAAACUGCGGUGGAGGAAGUUUUGGGAGUGUGUAUCGAGCCAAAUGGAUAUCACAGGACAAGGAGGUGGCUGUAAAGAAGUUACUCAAAAUAGAGAAAGAGGCAGAAAUCCUGAGCGUCCUCAGUCACAGAAACAUCAUCCAGUUUUAUGGAGUGAUUCUGGAACCUCCCAACUAUGGCAUCGUCACAGAAUAUGCUUCCCUGGGAUCCCUGUAUGAUUACAUUAACAGCAACAGGAGUGAAGAGAUGGACAUGGAACACAUCAUGACCUGGGCCACCGACGUAGCCAAAGGGAUGCAUUACUUACACAUGGAAGCUCCGGUCAAGGUGAUCCACAGAGACCUCAAGUCAAGAAACGUUGUUAUCGCUGCUGACGGAGUGCUGAAGAUCUGUGACUUCGGUGCCUCGCGGUUCCAUAACCACACAACACACAUGUCCUUGGUUGGAACUUUCCCAUGGAUGGCUCCAGAAGUUAUCCAGAGCCUCCCUGUGUCUGAAACCUGUGACACGUAUUCCUAUGGUGUGGUUCUCUGGGAGAUGCUAACAAGGGAGGUCCCCUUUAAAGGUUUGGAAGGAUUACAAGUAGCUUGGCUUGUAGUGGAAAAAAACGAGAGAUUAACCAUUCCGAGCAGCUGCCCCAGAAGCUUUGCUGAACUGCUACAUCAGUGUUGGGAGGCUGAUGCCAAGAAACGGCCAUCGUUCAAGCAAAUCAUUUCAAUCCUGGAGUCUAUGUCAAAUGACACGAACCUUCCUGACCAGUGUAACUCAUUUUUACACAACAAGGCGGAGUGGAGGUGUGAAAUUGAGGCAACCCUUGAGCGACUGAAGAAACUAGAGCGAGAUCUCAGCUUUAAAGAGCAGGAGCUCAAAGAACGGGAGAGACGUCUCAAGAUGUGGGAGCAGAAGCUGACGGAGCAGUCCAACACCCCGCUUCUCUUGCCUCUCUCUGCAAGAAUGUCUGAGGAGUCUUACUUUGAAUCUAAAACAGAGGAGUCAAACAGUGCAGAGAUGUCAUGCCAGAUCACUGCAGCAAGUAACGGGGAGGGCCAUGGCAUGAACCCAGGCCUGCAGGCCAUGAUGCUCAUGGGCUUUGGGGAUGUCUUCUCAAUGAACAAAGCAGGAGCUGUGCUGCAUUCUGGGAUGCAGAUAAACAUGCAAGCCAAGCAGAAUUCAUCCAAAACCACAUGUAAGAGGAGAGGGAAGAAAGUCAACAUGGCCCUGGGGUUCAGUGACUUUGACCUGUCAGAAGGUGACGAUGAUGACCAUGAUGGUGACGAUGCUGAGAAUGAUGUGGAUAAUAGUGAAUGACACCAGAAAGGAAUAAGCGUGAAAAUGCUUUAUUUCGUUGUUUUGUUUUGUUUUGUUUAGAAGAACAGAAGAAAUGUGUUAUCUCAGUCUAUGCCAAAGAGCAGCAUAGGGAGGCAGAGCCCCCAGCACUGCGCCUGUGCCUUAGGCCGAGUUUGUUCAGGGCGUUUCCCUCAUCAGUGUGACUUUGCUUUUGCGCUCAGAAACGGGCGGGGAAAUAAGUUAAAGGCAUAUUUAUCAGCGAGUGUGGUGCCUGGUUAUAGAAAUACGUGAUUACACACAUAUCAUGUUCUAGAGCUAGUGACAUUUGGGCUUUUUCUUUUUAAAGUGCAUGCUCUGUAGUUUGUAUCUGACUGUACUUAAUCCUUUCACUCAGUUGGUUAAGAAAUGUCCAUUUCAAGCAAGCACUCUGCUGCCGACUCCACUCUGACACUUGAUCCUUCCCCAGCAUACCAAGGUUCCUUCCUUGUACAGCACAUUCUAAUGGCAGAGGUGAUUGGCAACUAUAAAAUCCAGGAAAACAAAACAAAACAAAACGAAACGAAAACCUGAGGUGAAAUGAAAGAAGAGUAUAACAAAAUACCUCUUCAAAAAUACCUAAAUGCCAAGAAUCUUCAAUGCUAGAUAACACACAGUUCCUCGAAUUAAAGCCCAAGUGGUGUUCUCAGUAGUUCCAUUUGAAGGAGAAACACUCUGGUUUGAAGUGGGCUGCAGACAACAUUACACGCCUGCAUCCCCGUGCUGGCCGGAAGCAUCCUAACAAGAGCACACUGUCACCCUAGGCUUAGCUUGUCCCUUACACAGAAGCACAUGGUCCCAAAGGGACGUGUCUAGUCAUGAACAGGAUGAGCGCAAGCCCGCUCUUUACAUGCAAUAACGACACUGUUUCUUUGUUUUCCAGAGGUGCAUAAUAACACUAUUAGAUUUUAAUCUAUGUAGAGGAAAAAAAAAACCCACUCUAAAUAGGAAAGAUAAAUUAUCCUUCUUAGACACAAGUGCAUCCUGAAGGGGUCUUUUUGUUACAUGUAGCCUCCCCGAACACACCCACUUUCUUUUCUUUUUACUGUUCUCUGUUCUGCUGGUUAGAGAAAUAGAUUCAGGUAUCACUUACUGUGAAGGCCAGGCUUCCCAGAGACACUCUAAGAAGGCUAGCACUAGCAGCCAAAAUUUAUUUAAACUAUAAACGCAUAUAAAAAUUACAACUAGAUAAAGUUAAAGCAAAAGUUUUUAAUCAAUCUAACUCAGAAAUUGGUAUCAUUCAUUUGACAAUGUAAGUUAAAUAUUUUUGGUGGGCUUUUUUAUAUAGAAGCUGUAACAUGAAGUGGGCAUGGCAGCUCACGUUCAUAGUCCUGGCCCUCAGAGGCUGAGGCAGGACAGUAGUGGGUUUAGUAUUAGCUAAGUCGCAAGACUAUGUAUGAGCAACAUUGCAAGACUCUAUCUCACGAAAGGACUAGGUAUCACUAAUGAUGUUUCUAAGUAUGUUUGGUCAUGAAGUCUUUUGGAAUUUGAGAUAGGACAGGCCUUUAAUCCUCGGUGAGGACUGAAAGGUAGCAUCAAAGAUGGAAAGCAUGCAUUACAACUUUAUCUGGGAAGAAAUAACUAGUGGGCUCUUCUUGGUAUCUGUUUGCUGUGCAGUCUCAGGUAGACUAUUUAAUCUCUGAGGCUGUUUACCCUUUGUUACCAUGACAGUACAUAACAAGAAAAAACUUCAGAAGGAAAGUAUGUAACCACGUAGCCUAGCACCAGGCCAUGCCAGGGGCCAGGUAACACCAGCUAUGGCUAGUUGCCACGUAAAGGAGACACUGAGAAGUAAGUCGGUUCUGUAACCCACUGGACCACUACACUAUCUAUUGCAAGUGACACUGGCUCAGAAGUAUGAAGUUAAAAGUAGAUAGCUUUCAUGAAAAAUAAAGAGAGCAAAAAUGAGGAAUGUAAAAUGCACAGAGUUUAAUUCAGUUGCUCUUGGAAGCUUUGUGCCAUGCCAGAUCCACAUGCGCUGGGUGUUUACAGACAGGUAAAGGCUGCCUAAGCAGUCAGGGUUCCCCCUCACCCCACAUCCUGCUGGAAUCCUCUGCACAUGUGUACUCUAGACAUGCAGCCAGGCUGCUCAAACAGAAAAUCUUGAAGGGAGCAGAAGGCAUGCCUAGCAUUUUCUUUUUCCAGCGUGCUGUGAACACACGAAGGACAUAGUGGGAGCCAGUGGGUUCAGGAGCCUCCUGCACAACUGCCCAGGCCAAAAGAAAGCCUCCCGUUCAACAAGCCUUCGCUGGGACCCACUGUGAACCAAACUCUAGAGAACAGCUAGGUGAAAACCUUUGCACUCCUGGAGCAUGCACGCUACUGAGCAUCACAGAAAGGCAGGAUUCACUAAGUGUGUGCUGGAAAUUGAGCAAGGAAGGAAGAUGGGGCUAGAGGGAGGAGUCUUGAAAGCAUGCUCAGGAAAGACUCUUUGUUGCAUGAUGAUGCUACAGAGCCCGAGAAGGUACAGGGACCUCUGAGAGUGGUGAGUUCUGCCCUGUAUGUAAGAAGAUAAACCUCACCACCCACUAAUCAAGAGUUGGCUCAGAACUCAUAUAGAGCAUGGAAAUAAUCUAUUUCUUAAAUUAAUAUCUAAUUCAUAUUCUAUAUAAAAAUUGUAGUGCCAGUAAGGGAAACUUACUGGGUUCUAUACCCAGCCUAGGAUGAGCACCACCCCAGCACAUCCCUCCCAUCUCCUAACUGCUGCCUUCUUCUCCACCAACAUUGCAGUCAUGUUCACGACUCAGUACUGUCAUGAAGAAAUCACAGGGUUUAGCACAGAGCACAGUGAGCCCCCGGGAAGAGCUUCCAACCACUCUGUCUAGAACCACGGAAUACGCCACUGGGCGCUUUACUUCUGCUAAAAUCAAGUGUUCAUCUAGUGGUGUUAAAAUGUGCAAACAUACCUGAAACCUGACUCAUAUAAACAGGACCCAUAGAAUUCUCGCACCUUCUGUAAAAACUACUACAAAUCUUUAGUUAAUUUUAUAAGAGAUGCCUAUUCGCUACAUGAAGAAUUUCUAAUGAUGCUAGUGUAGACAGUCUAAUUCACUUCUCGGAUCAGUUUUUGAAAUGGCCAAUUAUCAGUGUUUGAUUUUGUUCCAGUGUCCUGACUUACAAAAGAACACAAUUCAGAAGUUAAAGAAAUCCUGAAACAUGCAAAGUUCAGAAUGAGAAUUAGAGCUACAGGCUGUGGUGAUGAAUGUCGGUCGGACACCCUAAAACAUUUCCCUCUUUACUUGUAAAGCUAACAUGUUGAAUUUGAGGACAUCUAUUAGUGGUACUCAGCUAAGAGGUAAUGCGCCUUGGCCAGCCAGCAUUUACUGUAGACUGGUGGCAUCCUGUUUGCCAGGGACACACCCCCCCCCAAGAAGUUUCCAUCCUCGAUCUCCACAGCAUUGUCCUGUCCCCACGGUGGUGAAGCUCCUUAAACCUGACACAUCUGCUGGUCCAUCUCUAGAUUUUCCCCCCAAACAAAAUCACCCACGCCUUUUCAGAAUAAUAAGGACACUUUCUGCAUGUUAGGAAACUGUAGCUUUUUCUCAAACCACUGUCUGUGAAAAUGAUUUCUUCUCUCCCCACCCCCCCCCCCCCCAAGGUUGCUAGUCAGAACACUGUGACAGGAUUGCAUUACGGUAACUCCAACACAAUACAGCCCUGGCAGACUUGCUGUCAUUCUGCAGUCAUUUAAAGGGAAUUUUUCCUAACUUUUUUUUUUUUUUAAGCAAAAUCACAUUUGAAUGUUUCACAAAUAGGCAGUGGGAUAAGGUCAGAGACACCUGGCACACUGCUUUUGAUGCUCUGAAAAUAUUGAAGACUGUUUGUGGUUUUUAACCAGUGGACUUUUUGUUUUGUUUAACAUGCAGUGAAUUUGUUAGACUUUGAACACCAGCUGAGGUAGCCACACUUGGCCGCCUUUGAAAUCAAAGGGACUAGGGAAGGGGUGGCGUCUAGGAGAGACUCGGACCCAUUUCCCUGCCAGUUCCCAUGCGUGUAUUUAACUUUAGUUUUCUUUUUUUCUUUUUUCCUUUUUUUUUUGUUUUGUUUUGUUUUGUUUUUUUUCAAGACAGGGUUUCUCUGUGUAGCCCUGGCUGUCCUGGAACUCACUUUGUAGACCAGGCUGGCCUUGAACUCAGAAAUCUGUCUGCCUCUGCCUCCCAAGUGCUGGGAUUAAAUGUGUGUGCCACCACUGCCUGGCUUUUUAAAAAUUUUUUUAAUACAUUAGUUUUCAUCAGUGUGCCAAAAACUUUAUGAAAGAUGGUCUUUAGACCUAGUCUGAGUUAAAUACCGACAUUUUAAAAACGAUUUUUGUCACACUAGACUUGGGCAGCCUUGUGAGACUGGUUGAGGUUCACUGUACCACAGCACACGGUGAGGCGUAAUUCUUUCUAUAAUCAGGCACCUUCUGCUGCUUCCGAGUAAGGUGGUUUUCCUGUGUAGACCAUAACACUGCAGCAGAGGCCCCACCCUGCUAUACGCAGCACGGCCCGACAGCUGUCCACACAGCAUUCUGUGGUUGAAAAAUGGGUGUCUACCAGGACAUCCAGGACAGGCCAUGUUUUCUCAGACCCCAACUUUGUGGGCACUCUGUUGCUUGUGUGAGAAACUUUCUGGCAUGUGGAUAAUCAUUUCAAACUACAGUUCAGGCACCGAUGCAACUGUUUCAUAGCGUGUGCAGAACACUCUUAGUUCCAACAGGACACUUUGCUUCUGCACUCUGAAAACCUGCUAUCAGAAACCAUUUCUAUCCUUGGAGUGUGAGCUUUCAGUAGGAGGCUUCAUCACUGUGUCUGCCUUACAGUCUUCUCCCCUCCACUCUGUUGCCAUGUUACUCUGAGCAAGUCUUAUGCCAAAUGCCAUGUACAAUGUCUGUAUGGAAGAUUAAACUGCUCUCCUGCGUGGUAAGGCUGUUUAGUUGCCGACUUCAUAGUUGGGAUCUGAUAUUCCCACACCGAGUCCGCGAUGUAUCCGGAAAUCCAGGUUGGCGUCAUACAUUUCAUUCUGAUGUGAACUUUUCUCGGCUUUCCUUUGUUCUAAGACUCCAUUUUGCAAUAAACGUUUUGACAGUAAAU